GUGUAAGCUCCGCCCACCGCUGAUGCUGCCUGCCUGGAGCCGGACAGCCAAAUGUAAUAAUCUGUGAUCAGCUCCGCUUUACGAGUAAAAACACUUCUCAGCGCGUCGAUAUCGUGUUUUUGCUCAUUCUCAAGCCUCGCCCGCGUCUCUGUGCAGCGUCAUUUCGUGUAAUUCGAGUCCGCGCUCGCUCGUUUCCUCUGGAAGUGGUACAGCACGGAGCUAGAGGACAAGACGAAAGGUUACAGUAGCGAACCGAGCUGCUCUAGUCGAAGCAGUCGACUCGUUUUGGCGAGAAUCGUCAGCUCACGAUGACAGAAUCUGGCGUUGACGCGAAGUUGGAGGUGAAACAGGCGAGUAAGGAAUUCAAGGAGAGUGAGAACGUGGCUGAGAAGUACUCGGCGAUGACCGUGUCCAAGAACAGCGACGUGAACAUGAACGUGGGCGAACUGUCCGCCGCAUUCACUGCGGUCCCCGCUCACAAGUCCGUCAAGAAGCAGAUUCAGUUUGCCAACCAGGAGGACAAGCAGGAGUUCAGCAAGUUCCCCACUAAGACUGGACGCCGCUCCCUGUCCCGCUCCAUCUCGCAGUCAUCCACCGACAGCUACAGCUCUGCUGCCUCGUACACGGACAGUUCGGACGAUGAGACGUCUCCUCGAGAGAAAACUCAGGUCAACUCCAAAGGCAGCAGUGACUUCUGUGUCAAGAACAUAAAGCAGGCGGAGUUUGGCCGGCGGGAGAUCGAGAUUGCAGAACAGGACAUGUCUGCUCUGAUCUCACUGAGGAAGCGAGCUCAAGGCGAGAAGCCCCUCGCUGGAGCCAAAGUGGUCGGCUGCACUCACAUCACUGCACAAACCGCAGUCCUGAUUGAGACGCUGGUGGCCCUGGGUGCUCAGUGUCGCUGGACCGCAUGUAACAUCUACUCCACUCAGAAUGAAGUGGCUGCUGCUCUGGCAGAGAUUGGUGUGGCAGUUUUUGCAUGGAAAGGAGAAUCUGAGGACGAUUUCUGGUGGUGCAUCGACCGCUGUGUCAACACCGAAGGCUGGCAGGCAAACAUGAUCUUGGAUGAUGGUGGUGAUCUGACUCACUGGGUGUAUAAAAAGUACCCCAGUGUGUUUAAGAAGGUUCAAGGAAUAGUGGAAGAGAGUGUCACUGGAGUUCAUAGGCUCUACCAGCUGUCUAAGGCCGGAAAACUCUGCGUCCCUGCUAUGAACGUUAAUGACUCUGUCACCAAGCAGAAGUUCGAUAACCUCUACUGCUGCAGGGAGUCCAUCCUGGAUGGACUUAAAAGAACCACGGAUGUGAUGUUUGGUGGGAAGCAGGUGGUGGUUUGUGGAUAUGGAGAGGUGGGAAAAGGCUGCUGCUCUGCUCUGAAAGCUCUGGGAGCCAUUGUGUGUGUGACAGAGAUUGACCCUAUCUGUGCCCUCCAGGCCUGCAUGGAUGGUUUCAAAGUGGUGAAGCUGAAUGAAGUGGUCCGCCACAUGGACAUGGUGAUAACUUGCACAGGGAACAAAAACGUGGUUACCCGAGAGCAGUUGGAUCGUAUGAAGAACGGCUGCAUUGUGUGUAAUAUGGGCCACUCUAACACAGAGAUUGAUGUGGCAAGUCUGCGGACCCCAGAGCUGACUUGGGAGAGGGUGCGCUCUCAGGUGGACCACAUCAUCUGGCCUGAUGGGAAAAGAGUCAUCCUGCUGGCAGAGGGACGUCUUCUGAACCUGAGCUGUUCCACAGUGCCCUCAUUUGUGCUGUCCAUUACAGCCACAACUCAGGCCCUGGCCCUAAUAGAGCUGUACAACGCACCAGAGGGACGCUACAGGCAGGAUGUGUAUCUGCUGCCCAAAAAGAUGGAUGAGUAUGUGGCAAGUUUGCAUCUGCCCAACUUUGACGCCCAUCUCACGGAACUGUCAGAUGAGCAGGCCAAGUACAUGGGCCUUAAUAAGAAUGGACCAUUCAAACCAAACUACUACAGAUAUUAAUUUGUAUGAAUGACUCAACGACCUUCAUCAGGGAUGGAGAAACCUGCAUUAACCAAGCAAGCAAAGAGAUUUAUUUUCUAUUUUCUGUAAAUUUCUAAAAGGAAAACUUCAUUUUAAGUGAAUUCUUAUUUAUAGUGUUAUUAACAUAUAGUGACCAAAUACAUGUUUGUCACAUAGAUCUGAUUAUACUCUGCUAGCACUUCAUUGGAUUAUAUUAUACUGUAUGUACCUGUUAUCUUUUAAUCACAUUAUAAGAGGACCAUUGACUAUAGGUCUGAAAUUGUGCCAUAUAUUGGUAGUAAAAGGUCUGAGGGGUAAAUUCUGUACUAUAUCUUUGUGGUCAUACAUUUCAGUGCUUGAUUUAUUUGGUGUUACAUGACUGGUCUUUAUGUUUCUGGAAACUGAGAAAAAGCCCACACACUGAAUUAUGCUCCCACAGCGGUUUAGCUGAUGGAACUCUUUGACCAAAUCCUUGUUGUAGGAGCAUGUUUCAGUGGAGAGUGGGUUUUUUUUUUUGUUUUGUUUUCAUCUGUUUAAUUUAGUCUUUGGAUAUGCGCACAAAAACUACUCCUUAUAUAUAUAUA